AUGGAGCUGGACUUCGGCCAUUUCGACGAGCGAGACAAGCCCCGUAACCCACGGGGCGGGCGCAUGAACGGGCUGCCCAGCCCCACCCACAGCGCCCACUGCAGCUUCUACCGCACGCGCACCCUGCAGGCCCUCACCAACGAGAAGAAGGCCAAGAAGGUGCGGUUCUACCGCAACGGAGACCGCUACUUCAAGGGCAUCGUGUACGCCGUGGCCGUGGAACGCUUCCGCACCUUCGACGCCCUCUUGGCCGACCUGACGCGCUCCCUCUCCGACCACAUCAACCUUCCCCAGGGGGUCCGCUUCAUCUUCUCCAUCGACGGAAUGCGCAAGAUCACCACCAUGGACGAGCUGGAGGAAGGAGAGAGCUACGUCUGUGCGUCCGAGAACGUCUACAAGAAGGUCGACUACACGAAGAACGUCAACCCCAACUGGUCUGUGAACGUGAAGGCCUCGGCCAGCCAGAAGAACCUGCAGAGCCUAGCCAGUAAGCAGGCCAGCGAGGCCCGGGAGGGUAAGGAGUUUGUUCGGCCCAAGUUGGUGACGGUGAUGCGGAGUGGCGUGAAGCCGAGGAAGGCCGUCCGCGUGCUGCUCAACAAGAAGACCGCGCACUCCUUCGAACAGGUGCUCACCGACAUCACAGAGGCCAUCAAGCUGGAGAGCGGCGUGGUUAAGAGGAUCUACACACUGGACGGAAAGCAGGUCACCUGUCUUCAGGAUUUCUUUGGUGAUGAUGAUGUCUUCAUUGCCUGUGGCCCAGAGAAGUUCCGCUACGCCCAGGAUGACUUCUCCCUGGAUGAGAAUGGUUGCAGGAUGAUGAAGAAGAAAAGUCCAGGUCAGAUCCGGCGCAGCAAGUCUCCUGCUGAAUCGACCAAUGGGACGGGCUCCAGCAGCCAGCUCUCCACCCCAAUUUCCAAGCAGUCCCCCACCUCCACCCCCAACAGCCCAGGCAUCCACCGCAAGCAGAAGGAUCUCUACCUGCCCCUAUCUCUGGAUGAUGAUGAUUCUCUUGGGGAGUCCAUGUAGAGCCUCCUGUCUGUCAGCUGCUGCCUGCCUACCCGUCUCCCCCUGGCCUGCCACUCGGAGGUAUCUCUGGUGCUCUCCACCUUCACAA